AAUGAUAUUCUCGUAACACCGAAUCUUCAUUGACACUGGAAAUGAACUAGAUGACAGAUGAAAUGCUUGCUUCAGUUCUCGAACGAAGAUCUCAAUAUUAAUUCGCUACAAUGCAAUAAUUGGCAACAUUGAUUGAUAUUUGUCAAAAUAAUUCAGUCAAACAAGCGAACAUGGAUUCUUUGGCUGUAAGGCCCGAGAAUUUUAAUGCGUUUAGUAGAUAUGAAUACGACAAAACAAAAUCAAAUACUCCUAAAAACAUGUCAGAGAAUAGUAGUAAUAUUGUUCAUAAGUUAUUAAAUAGAGAGAUGUUUGGAUGUACAUCAAGAAAGAGCAAUGACAGAAGUCGCAAGGUGUUCGAGCGCAUCCCGCCGCGGCUCCGGUUCUGCCUGAUGGACAUCGUGCCGAUGUCGUACCUGCGCGAGCACGUGUUCAUGGGCUUCUCGCAGUGCGGCCAGUUCCUGCUGAGCUUCACCUACAGCUGCAACACUCAGGUCUACUUCAGAGAGAGUUCCAAGUUCACGUUGCACUUUCUAUCAUGGGUACCAGGUCGGAUAGUGCGGCCGGUGCACAGCGUGCCGCUGUUCGGAGACGACUGCGUCGACAGCAAGGUCACGAUAUCCAUGGCGCAGUGGAAACACAACCCUGGAGUACUCGUUGUCUACGGGAUUGCUGAUUCCUGCUCUGAACGGUCCUACCUCAGUGUCAUUGGAGUACCUCGACUAGGAUGUAAGAAAUGUGCAACUUUCUCCAGAGAUGAAGAUGAUCUUAAUUGGGGCAAAAGAUGCUUAGAACACAAUUUUGCCAUUCACACAAAAUUCUUCUGCACAUCAGACUCUAGUAUGUAUGAACCAGUAGUCCAACUAGCAUACUCAAAUCAGAUUAUAAUAUAUACGGACUUCAUACAUAUACUAGAAAUAGAUUUUGUGAAACCCGAUCAGGAGAAAAGUGAUAGAGAAACCGAGGAUAGCAAAUACUCCUUAGAUAGGGAGGAAGUUAAUUCAAUGGAUACCAACCCCAGUACGCCCGCAUCAGAUGUGUCCGCAGCUUUCCAAUCACCUAAGUAUCAGAAUAACGUUGUCCAAAAUAUUUUAGCAGACUUUUCAGAUUUAGAAAUGGAACCAUUUCAAAUGUCAAAACCAGUCCGAUUACCUGACGUUAUGGGACAGGAGUUGUGUAUUCAGGCAUCUUCUAUAUCUCAUAACCUAGUGGAGGAGUGGGAGGGGCCAUCGCCUUCCAUUAGAACCUUAAUAAGUCCGCCGCUGCGUUCCCCAAGGCGAAGGCCUGCUGAAAGCAUGUCACGCUUCAACGAGACGCAUAGAAUAACAGCUGAGAAAGCCUACGAAUUCGUAGAAGAGACAGAAACCAAGUGCGAGAAGCUCAGUAUGUUUAGGAAACGGAGGUUAGCUGACAAGAAAUAUGAAUUCUCUGAAGACAACAACGAAAACAUAGUACCUUUUAGAGUACUGAGGAGUAAUAGGAAAUAUUUUAUUGGAUCGACGAGUAAAAACCAGCUGCGGCGUCCGAAGUCUCCUCCGGUGGAGAGUGUGAUACUGAGAGCUCACAACCAGAUCAGUAGGCCUCCCUCCCCUACCACAAGCUCUGAGCUCAAGAACCCUGGGCUCUCGACACUGGAGUCCGACCACAAUAGUGAGUCCGAGUACAGAGUGAUGGAGAUGCUGGACGAUGGGUCUCUUAAAACUGUUGCUGUGCACGAUAAUACCUCGAAAACCCUGUCAGAUUGUCCUGUAAAUGCUCAAGAUCCCUACCUCGUGCACUCAGAAAACUCAAAGUGUAGUAAAUUCUUCACGCGGUACUUCGUGGAAAGUGACGACGAGAUUACGUCCAUCGUUACAGAUUCCGAGGACGACUGUAUCUCGGGCUACCACGUGGCGCUGCCGCUGUCGGCGCACGGCGCGGGCUACGCGGCGCUGCAGGGCGUGGGCGCGGGCGCGUGGGAGCGCCUGUGCGGCGCGGCGCCGCCCCUGCCGCCGCUCACGCUGCGCGCGCACCAGCGCUCGCUCGACACCGAGCUGCUCUGCAACGAGGUCUGCGGCCGACUCUGCAAUAUCAACAGGAAGAAGUUCAUCUACUGCUUCGAUUGGGGCUGCCAUGUUAUUGAUGUCUGCCAGUCCAGUGGCUGCUUGUCCGGACUGUGUGCGAUGUGGAUGUGGGCGAGCGACGACACGGGCGCGACUGCGGAGUGCGAGGCUUGCAAGGACGUCAGCGCGGGCUGCCUCGUGCAUCGGCAACAGUACGCUGCGGAGUGUCUGUUCGUGUGGGAUUUGGUCAGCGGCGUGUACAGAACUGAAAGAGUUUCCAUGACAGAAGACUCCAGCCAAGAAGGAAGCAGAGUUCCAGGCGCAGAUAGAGCUCGGGAGCUCGCCAAGAAGCUGGGACCUAUCAACAUGCCGCCGGGCAAUGAGAACAGACUGCUCACCACAUUGACAGGGCGAUCUCUAAAAAGACUGACAGAUGUAGACAACUGCAUCGAAAUUACAAAGAAUCACCCUGACAGCUCGGAAUCUGAGUCGUCGUCUGAGGAAGAUAGUGACUACGACUGAUUUUACUACAGCUAUCUGUAAAGCGCUAUUCACCUCCUUGGAGAGUUUUACGGGGUAAUUACACGAUCAAGAGAAGUAAACAAAUGGAGUGGAUAGGUAUUAAUAAAUACUGAAUGAUCUUGCUACUUACAAAUUACUAAUGUAUUGUAUUCGACGGCAAACUCAUAGGAAAUUCUGUCUUCUGGGCGUAUAAUGUUCUCAAUGUUUAGAAACCACCGAGCUCUCCAUUUACUUAAUAAUCUGUGUUUACUGUCACAAAGUAACAACGAAUGGUAUUGUUGUAGCACUCGAUUGUAUAGUAGACGAGUGCAGCAAUACUUUCUGAAACCUUAUAUUCAAACGAAACAUUAGUCUUUAUUGUCCUGUCUCUAUAUUGUACCUUAAAGUGACAAGCGCAGCACGAGACUUAACGGCCACUUAAUUGUGUUUGAGUAUUUGGUUUCAAGUGUUCCAAAACAUUUCAGUAUUUUUGUAUAUUUAUUCUGUCUCAAAUGUUUUGAUCUUCCUGUCUUUCUAAAGGUCUAUUUGUGAUGUUAUUUAACGCAACUGACUUUUUUGCCAUAAAUAUAAACUAUAGGUAUUAGCCUAAAUAGAACAGGUAUUUGCAAAAAAAACAGCCAAUAUUUAACCCAUUCCAUUUUCUAAAUAAUAGUCUGAAAAUACACAAAUACAAUUACUAUUACUACUUUAAGACUUUUGGAAUACUAUGUAAAUAAAAUAUUUGCAAUAUUAACAUUAGGGAUGUAACAAAUCAAUGGAUCGAACAAAAUAUUUCAUAUAAUGAAAUCAGGCUUCAUUGGAAAGAAAGCUGCAGCUGAUAUGACUUAUUUUGUAUAUUUUCUUAUCAAAUUUACUUCAAUCUUAAAGUCGACCUGUAAUCGAAAUUUCAUGUUGAAUUUGUAUUAUCGUUGUUAGAAUUCUAAUGAGUAAUGUAAAUUUAAAGUAGUUGGCACUUAACAAUGAUAUUAAUCAAUCGGUUUGUUUAUGAACAGGUACGUUUGUGUUUGGUGUAACUAAAAUGUAUACUGUGAGAUGAACAAGGUAGAAAAGCUACAGCGUCGCUUUAUCGCCUUUAUUACCAGUGUUAGCUGGUCCCCUAUUUGCUUUGCAAGUCUACAAAAUGUGGGUUCCACUUAUACUAGAAAUAUACGACUUUAUAUGGCGCCUAAUAUUAUAAGCCGGCCUACCACCACGGUCUAAAUUAAUAUUAUUGCGGAUGUGAAAAACAGAUGCCGUGUAUGGCGAUUUCACGAUUCCAGUCAUUAUUAUAUUACUUUAAAACGUGGUGGUAACCCCUCAGGUACUUUUUAAGAAAAUUCGAGCAAACAAGCAUUGUAUUGGGCUCUUAAUUAAAACUUCAACAUUACUUACCUACAAGUUCAAUAGGUUUACAAACCUUUCAAUAAUCUAAUUAAAAUCACUGUAUUGUACUCGAACUGGUCAAUAACUGCCGCAUGAUAUUUCAAUGUAUAUAAAAAACAGUAUGUUAUAUGUGGUGAACUCAUGUAGAAUUGGUUCAUGAAUUAUUUUGAGCCCUAGUAUGAUCUAAAUAAUAUAUAGUUUAUUGUCUAUAUUAAAUUUCUUAUAAUAACUUCGAGUGUAAAGAGAAUUUUUGAGUCGGUCUGUGACUAUGGAAUUACAUAUUGAUAUAGAUUUCGGUUCUGAACCGACUUCUAUGUAGAAAAGAACAAGCAUAUUAUAAAAUUGUUUUUGAAGAUACAACUAUCAUUGUCCAGCCACAUCGGCUCAAGCGGUGGUCUGACGAACGCUAAAAAUUUAACUAUAAACCUAUUGGAUAUUAUCGUUAUUAAUAGAAUUAAUAACAUUUGGUGUUAGCUAAGUUAUUCCACAUUCAAAGUUGUGUCGUCUCCGUUUAUGGUAGUCGCAUGUUUCAAAUCGUAGUGUUUGUAUCGAAAAUAUAUAAAACUGAUAGAUGUUGUCCAUUGUUGUCUAUUUAUUACAGUAUCCAGCAUUUAUGUGUAGUGUGUGAGAACUACGGCGUAAUCAAUAUUGUAAGCCUAUGUAUAUUGUAUUCAUCGAAUGACCAUUCAAGAGUAUUUGGUAACAUUUGAAGAUUUUCUUGUAGCCAAGUUUGUUUUCCAAACUAAACUUGCGUUUGUAAUAUGUAUUCACAUGUGCUAGAAACAUAAAUAGAGAACCUAGGCUCAUAAUAAGGUUGUGAUUGUUUGAAUGUAGGUUUGUUAAGAGAAGUGCCUCUGAGACUUGAUAUUAACCCUCCAAUCUAACACUACCUAUUUUUGUGAACUGUAUAUACUUAUUUUAUUCUUGAAAAGAUCUAACUCGAAUUUCCUGUUCAUUUUCUAAAACGUAAUGUUCAGCUAUGGUAUAUCUUAUUCUUUAAAAUGUAAAUAUUUUUAGUGAAGAUGUUUUGAUCUCGCAACUCUUUAGACUAUUCUUUGGAGGGUGUACAUACUACGUAAUUGAAGCUAAAUGGAAGCAGCGUGGACUAGUGUGUAGGAUCUUUUAAUGUUUGUUGAGCUGUAUAAAAUUUACUUCUUAUCUGGACUAAUCGUCUUAUUUUUACCAGUUACAGCAAUUCUUACGUUUGGAAAAGUAUUUUUAGAAUAAAUAAAGUUUUAUACAGUAAUGCCAUGAAGUUACGUAAUGCGACGAACAAGAAUAAGUUCGAUUAUUCCGCUAGCAACAGUUGCUAGGAGAGGAUUGGGGGAAAA